UGAAAUUGGAAUUUUAAAGUACGGUGCAGGAAAACAUUAUGGAGGUGGAGGAAGAAAAUCCCCCUAAAAGGGCCGAGGUGUUUUUCUUAACCUAGGAAUUGGGAGAUGGGCACCCGCAGCGAAACAAAGAAGAAGGGAAGAGAAUAGCCUAAUCUGAAAAAACGAGAGAACACACGAAAGCAUUCUGUCAAAGUCCAUACACUACUGCACCCAUGGUUGGAAAGAAAAGGGAUUGGAAGAGAUUCUAUGGCUCUGUACAGUGGUCAUGCAUUACGACAUUCGCAGAGAAGAAACGUUGGAAUUAUGUGCUUGGUCAUGUAUAAGAAUGUUGCUGAUGUUUUGAUACAAGGGGUCUAAAUUGAGAUGGCUUUUAUUAUUGGUCUUUCGAGUUUAAGCCCUUAGGCCAUGUUUACUUGGAGGGGAUUUGGAGGAGAGGGUUGUUGAGUCGAUUUGGAGGAGAGGUCUUGUUUAUGAUUUGGAGGAGAUCAAUUGAAUGAAUUUUGGAUUGGAUUUGAAGGAGAGUAAUUGAGAUUUGAGAAAAUUUGAAGCGGACAGUUGGUGUGCUUCACUCUUCUGCCAUGUCAAUUGAUUCAAGUUUCACUCCAUCUGAAAAAUACGAAAGAGUAGGUCCUGAUUACUUUGGGUAUUACUCUUCUGAAAUUGCAAAUCUAUUGUCGCAAGACGAGGAUGCAUUUCCUGUUUCUGACAAAAUCUCCGAGUUACCUAAAAGUAAAUAUGAAGAGGGAAGAAAAAAGAGUUUAGUCAAUCAGGGUGAUAAUUCUGGUCCGCUAUAUAGUAAUGGUGUUGGAGCUGGGCUUUCAGACUUUAGAAAGGACAGAUUAAAAUCCCUUCUCAGACAGAGUGUCCAUUCUCUUUCAUCUGAAGUUGAUGAGAUGGUAGAGCCAGUUUUUGCGGCAUAUCAUUUGCAAUCCAGGAUAAAAUGUAAAUCAGACUCCUUGAAUUGUAGAGUGAAUGCAUAUGAUGAUUUAGUGCAAGGUCCUACUAAAAGGAUAAAGGUUUCUUCAUCAUCUUCAGCCCUGAUACUUCCACAAACUUCUAAUGUCAAUCCCCAAUGCAGUACCAAGAUUAGUGAUGAUGUUCAAUUCCUACUAGAGAAUGAUAGUGUGGAGGUUGCGGAGAUGGUGAAGAAACAUUCCAAUGAACUCUCUAAAACACUAGGGUAUAUGGAAGAAAAACUUGAGUUCCUUCUGGAUACUAUAAUGCUCAAGUGCAGGUCCAUGACCCUUGCUGAGAAACAACAGCUACAAAUUUUAAUUCAGAAGCUACCAGCAAGAAAUCUUGUUCGUGUAGUGGAGUUACUUCGUCGAAAUACACCAGCAGAAAAACAAAGUUGUGAUGAAGUAAUUGUUGAUCUCGAAAAAGAGGAUAAUGCUUCACUCUGGAGACUGUAUUACUAUGUUGAAGCUGUUGACAAAGCCAAAAGUCUUUCUUGUAGCAUAGUGGAUUAGUUUUGUAAAUGCUUUUGAAAGCCUUAGCCUUAUUGUUAGUUCUUCAUAACUCAUUCUGAUCUCGUAUUUCCAGAGUAUACAGAUUUUUAAACUCUUAUCUCUGUUUCGGCUAUAUAUAGGAUUUAGUGUCUUUUACCCUGACUUCACAUGUCUAAGCAUCGUCCCAGAUUGUUAUAGCAAAAGGAGGACUGUUUCUUCCU